CUAGAAUGAAUCUACUCAUUGUCCCCCUGCCUUCAUCGAGUGCCUCUGCACCGUCCAGUACCUACUCCGAGCGUGGACGGACCAAACACUACAACUAUUCAUCAUCGCCAUCAUCAUCACCAUCCACCGCAAAAGGUAUCCAUCCCGACUCGCACUCCAGGCUGCUCUCAAUUCGAGCAACGGGUUCCAGUUGCCCCGCCAUCGCUACCUCCCGUUCAAUGCACUGUAGAGUAGCAUGGCUCACCUCCAACAGGACGAGAACCCCCCGGACGCGGUGCCCGUGCCCGCGUCCGGGGAAUUGACCCACGGCGGCUACAGCAUCGCCAACGAGACAUCGCAGGAUAUUGACGGCACCGCCAAUGAAAAGACCUCUCAGGAUAUUGAAGGCACCGCCAGUGAAAAGACCUCGCAGGGUAUUGAAGGUAUCGCCAACGAGAAGACAUCGCAGGAUAUUGAAAUGUCACUGGGCCAGGCCUCGCCGGCGUCUGAGCAGCAGCAGCUCCCAGCGGCGCCACCCGUGACGAUGAGCUUCCCGGACGGCGGCUGGGAGGCCUGGUCCGUCGUCGUCGGUAGCACCCUCGUCUUCACCGCCGGCGUCGGCUACAUCAACUCUUUCAGCGUGUUCCAGUCGUACUAUUCGCGUGUCGUGCUCGUCGGCCACAGCCAGGACGCCAUCGCGUGGAUCGGCAGCAUACAGCUCUGGGGCGCCUUUGGGUUCGGUAUCCCCGCCGGCCUGCUGCUUGACCUUUACGGGCCCAAGGUCCCACUCCUUGCUUCGGCCUUCUUUAUCGUCUUUGGAACCAUGAUGUCCUCCAUCAGUACCAAGUACUGGCACUUCCUUCUUUCGCAAGGGCUCUGCAGCGCUUUUGGCUUCGGCUUGUCGUUCACGCCAGCGCUGGCGGCGCCGCAGCAGUGGUUCCUAAAGCAGCGCGCACUCGCGACGGGCCUCGCAGUCAGCGGGACGUCGUUGGGGGGGAUCAUCUGGCCCGUGCUGAUCAACCGGCUACUCAACUACGACGGCGUGGGUCUUGGCUGGACCCUGCGCACCGUUGGCUUCCUCCAGCUCGCCAUCAUGCUCGUCGCGGCGUGUAUGAUCAAAACGCGCGUCCCGCGCCGCCAGUCCAAGGGUCUUCCCCUCGGCAUGUGGUUCCGCCAGUCGUCCAUGGUCGUCCUCGCUUUCGGCCUGACGGUCCUUUUCUUUGCGCUGUACGUUCCCUACUUUUACAUCACCCCGUACGCCAUGCGCUGGGGUGCAUCCGCCCAGGCCGCCUUCUACUAUCCUUCUAUCAUGAACGGCGUCUCAUUCUUUGGCCGCUUCUUCUGCGGCAUCAUCGCCGACCGCUAUCUCGGACACUACAACACGUUGAUCCUCGUCAUCCUCAUCACCGGCAUCAUCAGCCUGUGCUGGAUUCCAGCCCACGACAAUGCCGGCAACAUUGUCUGGAGCUGCUUCUACGGCUUCUUCAGCGGUGCGCUGCAGUCACUCUUCACCCCCGUCGCUGCCAAGCUCGCGCCGUCUCCGCAGCUCAUCUCCGCCUGGGUCGGCAUCGGCGUGACGAUCAUCGCAUUCGGCGCACUCGGCUCGCAACCGGUCGCCGGCCGUUUGCUCGAUAGUCACAACGACACCAACUACGUGCCCAUGCAGGUGUAUACUGGCGUCAUGAUCCUCAGCUCCGCCUUACCCGUCACCGUGUCUCGGCUGCUGCAUAACAGAACCGCCCUGAAGCUCUAGUCCCUGAAUUUAUAGUUACGUGUAUUUAUGCUUGAAUUUUGCUCGCAUGCCCCC